AUGAGUUGGCCUCCAUUCACUAAACAUCAAAUUGGUUCAAAAUAUAUCAAUUUGAACUUGUCAUCAAUGGAAGCACAAACUUGGUUUCUGGUAUCAACAUUACCAAAAAGCCAACUCAAGCAAUUAAUGUCUAAAUGGGUUGACCCUGAAUGCAAAAUUAGAACAUUUUCAGAUUUAAACAAUAGGUCCAGAAAAAGAGCAACCAUUAUGAAAAAAGAGUUUGGUUCUGCUGUGCAUGUAAGUAAUUUUUUGACAGAAACUAUAGGGCCACUUAAAGACGAACAAGAAGAAGCAUGCGUAAUGAUGGUUUUGGAUGCCAACCGGGAUGGCUAUUGGGAUUCUAAAAAACUAUUAGAACAAGUUGUACAGGCUGUUGACAUUUUUGAGAGAACACAUCCAAAAUGUGUAAGUGUGUUUGUUUUUGAUAAUGCAACAUCUCACAAGGCUUUUGCUGAAGAUGCCCUUGUUGCUUCCAAGAUGAACCUUGGCCCAGGCAGAUCAGCAGAUCCUAAUGUUAUCGAUUGCUGUACAUGUUGGUUAAUAUCUAAUCAAACAGACUUUCUUGAACAGUGUGGUCAGAUUCAACAAGAAAUUGAAUCUUGUAGACAUAAAGUUUUAUUUUAUCCUAAAUUUCAUCCAGAGAUCAACCAUAUUGAAAUGUAUUGGGGAAUGGCAAAGAGAUAUACACAAUCUCACUGUGAAUAUUCACUUUCAAAAACUAGAAAAACAAUUUGUGAAGAUUUAGAUUCCAUUUCUGUUGAACAAAUUUGCUCUUUUGCAAAGCUUUGUAUAGAUGAAUAG